AUGGUGCACAAGUCUUUGGAUAUGUUUGUGACAAAAGUGACUUUUGGCCUUUUGGCCUUGAUGCUGAUCUACUCAGCUGAAGGGAAGUUUCUCUCCUGUAAUGGUUCAUUGGUGAAUGUGUUGAUUUGUUUUAUAAUAGCUCAGCUGUCUGUGUCUGAACUGCUGCAUAGAGCCAACAGAGGCAUCAUUCCUGAAGCUGAUGAGCCCAAGCUCCUGGACGACAUCGCUGUGAAUGAGAAAAACGCUGAUCCCUGCACCUCCUACGGCUGUCUCUGGCCCAAAUACAGCGACGGCAAGAUUUAUGUGCCUUACGUCAUCGCCAACCACUACUCCUCCCGUGAGCUGGAGAUCAUCCAACGUGGACUGGACUCUUUCUCCUACAGUACUUGUAUCCGCUUCUUCCCUCGAGGCAAUGAGAGAGACUACAUCAGCAUUGAAUCUCGCAGCGGAUGCUACUCAUAUGUUGGCCGUCAGGGUUAUGCACAGACAGUGUCUCUGGCCCGUAGUGGCUGUCUUUACCACAGCACUGUUCAGCAUGAGCUGCUCCACGCUCUGGGCUUCAACCACGAACAAACCCGCAGCGACCGUGACAAUCACAUUCAGGUCGUCUGGGAGAACAUCCUUGAUGACAUGAAAUACAACUUCAACAAAAUCAACACCUUAAACCAGGGAACUCCUUAUGACUACAGCUCUGUGAUGCAGUACGAGAGAUAUGCUUUCUCUAAGAAUGGCCUGCCCACUAUGAUUCCCAUUCCUAAUAAUAAUGCUGCGCUGGGCACAUCUACUGAGAUGAGCCAGAACGACAUCAUCCGAAUCAACAGGCUCUACCAGUGCUGUAAGUGA